CACUGAACAACAUGACCCUAGAAGAAGACAGAACAUACCACUCCAUCCAAAGACUCCAAUGCAGCCUGUGCAUCCUCUGCGGUGCUGAAGGAGACGAACCCAAACCCUCUGGAGCGACCAGUCUCACGCUCAAAGAUGACCCUGGCGUCGAGCAAGCCGGCCCUACCCUCGAACACGUUCCUCAACGUGUCGGCACGCACCCCCCACCCCAGGUUGCCGGCAUAAAUCUUGUAAGUGCCAUCGUCACGCCUGCGGCCACUCAUGGUGACUGUUCUCCUCUCCCCGCCACGCGGCACCUCCGGGUAGUUCACCCUAGCCGUCCUCCCUCCCAGCAGCUGCAUUGGAGAAGAAUGUGCCAAAGAUCUGUCAGAAGUCAGAACACACGCUUGCACAUUCAUGGGCAAGAGCAGGAUCCCAAUUCUGUGAGGUGUGGAAGUGCUGAUCCAAUUGGCCGGUGCGGUACUUACGGCGCCAUCGAACAUCUGGAUGGCCUUGGCGGCCUCCUCGGCGGUGGCCAUGGUGACGAAGGCGAAGCCCCGGCUCCUGUUGGUGACCUUGUCGUAGAUUAUCUUCAGCAAUUGGAAACGUCAGCCAUGAAUGAUGAUUACUGCUCAGCAAUCCUUCCAGGAGGCAGACCAAGAAGGGAUUUUGAUUGGGGUCCAUACGGCGUACGGGUACCUGCGCGUCGUCGACCCUGCCGGCCUCAGAGAACACCUGGGCGAGCUCCUCGGAGGUAUAGGUGUAGGGAAGGUUGCCGACGAAGAGACGGCCGGGGUCGUCGCCGCGCGGCGGGCGGCUUCGUGGCGACGAGUACGCGCGCGGGGCCUCGGCUUCCUCCUCCGGCUCAGAGCCCUCUUCCUCAUCGAAGUGCUCCUCGCCGUCGUCCCCGGAGAAAUCAUCUACGUAGGAAGAGAAGUCCUCGGCGGCGAAGGGCGGGGGUAGGACGGGGCGCCCACGCGGUGGCGCGAAGCGGCGGAGGCCGACGCGGUGGCGCUGCAGGCUCUGGAACCGGACGCUGGGGAGCGGGACGGGGGCGCCACAAGCCGCUGCGUGCUGGAUCAGGGUGCGGAAGGUGGCCGUGACGGCGGCGGCGGCGGUGGCCAUGGCCGGAGAGGCGAGAAGGGCCGGAGCGUGGAGGGAGCGCACGUCCAGUGGCGGUGGCAGUGCAGCCUCUCGCCGUCGAUAAAUAAGUUGUCCUCUUCUUAUCCGCUACCGGAUGGGGCCGCUGGGCCGAAUCGAUGGGCUUAUAUGCGUUGCUUCAUUAAUCGUGUGGCAUUGGGUAUGGGCCGAGUAACCGGUCUAUGAUUUUAUGAGCCUCAAGCCAUACUACUCGUACACGAACCCACGGCCCACGAGGGGUCAACCCCUUUUGGAGACCAGACCAACACCAGGUUGACGUGCUCCUCGGCCGGCGGCGGGAUUUCUUCUUCCUCCCCAAGAAGUACCUGUACCGCCGCCACCAAGCGCCGCAUCCCAUCGCCCCCCAUACUACCUUCCGAGCGACCUCACCUCGCACAGACGGCAAUGGCGUCCCCCGAGCCCGCCGUGGAUCCCAGCCUCGCGCAAGAGACCCCCACCACUCCCACACCCACCACGGCGCACUCGUCCGCGGCGGAGCAAGAAGGGCCGCCGCAGCCGCAAGAGCCUGCCCCAGCAGCGGAGGGGGAGAGUGAGGAAGUUGAGGAGGAAGGAGAGUGCGGGUUCUGCCUCUUCAUGAAGGCCGGCGGCUGCAGAGACACCUUCGUGGCGUGGGAGGAGUGCGUGGAGGCGGCGCAGAAGGAGGGCGCCGACAUGGUCGAGCGUUGCCACGAGGCCACCGCCAACCUCAAGAAGUGCAUGGACGCGCACGCCGACUACUACGCGCCCGUGCUCAUGGCCGAGGAGGCCGUCAACGAGCGCGCCGAGGCCGAGGCCGCUGCAGCUGCAGCUGCAGCUGCUGCUGAGACUGCGAAGGCCAAGGGAUGGGAGCCAGCGACCGAAGGAGAGAUUAAGGAAGAGGCCGUGCCCCAGCCGGCCGCCGGCGAGGAGAAGAAAGAAGAAACAAUUGCUCAGAAGGAGAAGAAAGAAGAAGCGGUUUCUGAGAAGGUUUGACCGUUUGAGUGUAACUAACAAUUGCUCGGUUGGUUAUUAGGUUCAUAUUAGUUCGUGAGGUUAAUUUUGGCCCCCUUUGUGGGGGCGAAAUAAUGCUGUUCUGCUCGUAAUUGUUGGGUGUCACGCUCAAUUUAUACUAGAAAAUUUUGAUACUGUUAUGUGAUUUUGGUGAUGCGACCUGUUGAUGUGUGCUGCUCCUUUCGCUCAAACUAUAAAGGCUGUUACUGCA